AUGCUGCAAGAGACUCAUAAGAAUAUCCUUGCGUGUGACUCAUACAUUCCCGAGAUUGAAAGCUUUCUCAAGACCAUCGAAUCAAAGGUGAAAAACUCGCGUGUGACCGGUCUGCCUGCUUUUAUCCGUAAGAUAAGCAAAGAACAUGAUAUCCUGAAACGAGUGGAAUCCGAACUCGUCGACGGCGAGCAGGAUGAGAUCGGACUGGGUCUAUUAAACAGAAAGCUGGUGGCUAGUGCUACAAUUGUACAGCAUGGGGCGGUCCACUGGGAGAUUCUCAAGCGGUGUCAUACCUUUCUCGUCAUCGAUCAGACGUUUCAGGGGUCAGCCAAAGAAGACCGGAAGAAACAAACCUCUCAAAUCGUUGGUAAUGGUAGGGAGAAGCAGCAGCUGAAUCGAACUCUCAAAGAACAGGCUAAAGUGGAAGUGGACGUGGUCGAAGGAGGAAGCGAAUGGCUCGACAUUCGAUGGCUUCAAGCGGACAGGUUGGCUCGACAGAUGACCGACUGCGGCUGGGGAUGGGGUGACCAUGAACUGGGAGAUAUUGUCGACCCGGAAGAAUGGGAGGACACGCCUCUUGCCAAACAAAUAAGGCGGCUCGUUGCUGCGGCCAAAAUGAAUCGGCACGAGUAUCGUAUCCCCCGACUACGCAUCGUUUUUCCUAACCUCAUGAGAGGAGAAAACGAGGAUAUCGAUAUACUAUUAGAUCAGAUAUGCCGUCUCGAUCCUCUAGUUGACAUCGUUGUGGAGGACUCUAGCAGCGUGUUCAUGCAAACACAACCUCCGCCCAUCCAGGAUGCCAUAAGGAAUCUCAUAGGAGACGAAUUUGAUGGUCUAACGGAUACCCUUAACAUGGAUCACACUAUCCUCAUCGAUCUCAUCUCCGACAUCACCCACCUCCAACUCGAGCCUCAGCCAUGGCAAGCCCAGACAACGCGGCUGCAAAUCGAAGAAGAGCGAAAACACGGCGGCGUCAUGGUGCGCGCCCUAUAUCCAAUCCUACAAAGCCGCACCCUUGUCUGCACGCAAGAAGCCGCAGAGCACUUCCACGAAGUCCUCCGCACAGUCGGCACACCCACCGAAAGGGAGCGUGGAAAGCUCUUAGUCCCCUUUGAUGAUACCACGCGGGAUAUGCCGGUCGAGGACAUUCGCAGACGUUUCCAAGAGCUAUCUGUCCAUCCUCUUCCCGACAAUGUGCAAAUUCCCAUCAAAAUACUCAAUGAGACGUGGACCAUAUCUACUGUCAACCAGGCGGUAGCUGAAGGACGACUCCCCAUGGUUGCUCUCGACGUUGCUAAGUGCGGUGCAUUCAAGAGCUCCAAGCUGAGUAUCUACAUGUAUGGCUGGGCGACGGGAAAUGUCACAAUCACGUCGAAUAAAGAAGUACGCGGUCAGAUUCGCACAUGGGUUGAAACUAACAGACGCCAUGAUGAGGAGCGUGGCCCGAUUAUCUGGCGUAUCGAUGUUACGAGGAAUUUACUGGCCAAGAGCGCCACACCACCGCCAGCAUUACGGGCAGAGAAUGGUCUGGAUGAGAACAAACCAAAGAGACAGAGAUGA